AUGAACGGUUUUGCCUCUUCUCAGGGUGCAGUGCUGGAAUCGUUGGGGCACGCUCUGGAGCUGGACAGUGAUAUGGUGGAUGUGACUCAGGAGCAGUUCAAGGAAACGGCAAUGGAAGAUCUGGACGUUCCGGAGGAGCAGGAGGCACUCUCCUCCUCCAUACACAUUGCCUCUUCUCUCGGUGUUAACCCUCAUGCUCUGCAGGUGAUGAAGGCGUCUCUUCUGAUGGAAGAAGAUGGUGGGAGUGACCUCUUAUCGUCUUAUAGCCGCUACUCACCUUUACCGGAGACCUCCCAGGAAGUGCGCUCCCCACGACUCCUCCACCCCUCCUCUCAGGCUCAGAGAGCCUCCAGUGUUGGAGGUCUUCUACAGUCCCGCUUCACCGGAUCCUCCCUACUCAAACAGAGCGAGUCUGGGCAAAGUCCGCGUCGAUCUUCAUCCACCUCCAUGGGGGCCCCGUGGCCCGGCCUGGGCCUUCUGGCCCCCUCCUUCCUGAUGCCAGCUCCUGCUCCAGAUGUACAGCUGAAGACAGUGGGGACCCGAAGGCAGCAAGGCCUGGUACCUCUGAAGAAGUCUGUGGGCUUCAGCCGUGGCAAGAUGUUGAUUGACAUGGGUCUGUUUUAUGGGCCGCUCAUUCCGGGUUGGCUGGGGGCCCAACUGGACCUUGGUUCACGGCGGAGAGUUCAUCAGCGAGUCCAGCGUGGUGGAGAAAACCAACAAUCUGGACUACAGCUUUCUUCCCAAACCAGUCACUGCCAAAUCGCUUGCUGAAUCUCCCUUUAAGGUCCACCUGGAGAAGCUGAGCUUGGAGGAGAAGGGUAAGGAUCUUCAGUCCUAUCUCAUCCCUCUGGAGAUUGAGCUGAAGAACAGCACCAUCCAGCCUGACCCGUGUCCUCUUCUCAUACCUAACCCUGGCUUUGCCGCCAUUCACGACUACGCCGGAUGGGUCAGUGAGGAGUGUCGGGAGCCUUCAGAGAUGGAAACUGUGGUGAAGCACUGGUGCCUAACGUGGACCAUGUGUAAGGCCUUGUGGGGCCAGCUCCGGGACUUGGAGGCCAGCCUAGAUGAAACCAGCGAGUAUGUGGAGAGAUUACAGCGCAGGAAAGCCUUCUCCCAUUGGCUGGCUGAGACGGCGGUUGAGCGCAUUGAGUCAGAGGUGGUGAUGCACCAGAAGGAACGUCCCAUCGAAGCAGUCUUCAGUCACCUGACUGGCUGCCGAAUCAGUGAGGCUUGUCGCCUGGCGCAGAGAUCUGGUGACCAUCGGCUCUCUAUGAUGCUGUCACAGCUGGUGGGGAAUCAGCAGCUCCAGGAACUGAUGGCUAUGCAGCUGGAAGACUGGCAGAAGCAGCAAGUGGACCGCUUCAUCCAGGAGGAGCGGCUGAAGGUCUAUGUGCUGCUAUCUGGCACUGCAGUAUGGCAAUCCUCUGACAAGAAGUCCAUCAAUGUCUGCUCUCAGCUGGACUGGAAGCGAGCGUUGGCUGUCCACCUCUGGUACAUGCUCCCACCUACCGCCUCCAUCGCCCAGGCCCUGCACAAAUACCAGGAGGCUUUUCAGGUGUCGGAGGAGGGUCAGUGCUAUGCAUCCUAUCCUCUGCCUUCAUAUCUGGAGAAUACUGACCUCACUAUGGAGUCUGAGACCUUCCCUCCAUCUAUGCAGAGAGAUGUCUGCUUCCACCUCCUGAGGCUGUACAGUGACAGGUCUUAUGACCUCCGCCAGCUCCUGGACCCCCGAAGUAUCACCUCCGACCCCCUGGACUAUCGUCUCAGCUGGCACCUCUGGAUGGUACUACAGGCGCUAAAUUACACCCACCUGUCAGCGCAGAGCCAGGGAGUGCUGCACGCCAGUUAUGCUGCCCAACUAGAGAACGUGGGGCUGUGGGGAGUGGGCCGUCUUCGUCAUGCUUCACAUCCCGGACCCCGUUGUUCGGGAGUUGGCUGUGCGAGAGCUCCUACACCGGCACUGCGUCCUGCGGGAGACGACGGAGUCACUGAUGAAGGAGAAGUUCCUGGUUGAGAAGCUCUGCAUCCCAGCACAAUGGAUCCACGAGGCCAAAGCCAUUCGUUCCAGGAGAGAAGGAGACAGACACAAAGAGGCCAUGUAUCUACUGAGAGCCGGCCACUGGAACCAGUGUCACCGGCUGGUCUCCCGUCAUCUGGCUUCAGAUGCCAUCAUAAAUGAGAAUUACUCUUACCUACGCACCUUCUUGGACGAAUUGUCCCGUCCCGAGAACUGCAUCCACAUCCAGGGUUGGGACACGGCAGGACAGGUUUGCCUGGAUUACAUCUCUGUCAUAGAGAUGCUGAACAGUAUCCGGCAGAGUGAAUGUUCGGGGUACGAGCUGGAGAGGUUACACAAUAAAGUCAUCUCCGUCUGUAACCGGGUGGAGCAGAUCCAGUGCUACAAGUCCAAAGACCGGUUGGCUCAGUCCGAAAUGGCGAAACGCGUUGCCAACAUCCUCCGCGUGGUCCUGCGUUUACAGCAUUCACCGGAAUCGGACGACUCCGCCGACCUCCAGCGGGUCCCCCUCAGACUGCUGGCCCCCCACAUCGGCCGGCUCCCCAUGCCAGAGGACUAUGCUAUGGAGGAACUCCGCAGCCUCACACAGUCUUACUUGAGAGAACUGACUCUGCGCAGCCAAUAA